UCCAAACACCUUGCCGUCUCCUAAACGCAGAUGUUUUAAAAAGUAGACGUCUGGAGGGCACACCACAACAUUCUUCAGGUCAAAUGUGAAGGCGGUUAGCCUGCGGCCCAAGGCGAGGAAGCCCCUCUUGUGUCUUUGAUUGGAGUCAAAGGCUGGACUGUGUUGCCCGAGGACAAUCACCCAAGGAAGGAAAUGAAAAAACCCGAAGGGGACGGCCCGCGCGCGGAGAAAGGCACGGGCUCGUUUGUCGAAAAGCUCUGGCCGAUGAAAAUAGAAUGAAAGGGGCCACAUCGAAGGGGUGUUUUUGCUCUCUCAAUGAAAUGCGGAGACAUCUGCGCGGUCGUGUGCUUCAACGCGCGGCGAUUGCCGUUCUUUGGAAAGAGCCACGCAUGCCGUCCGUGUUUGUGCAGAGUGGACUGUUUCUCUUGGGUGAUAUUAUGUCUCAGGGUGUGUUUGGGUGUGUGAUAAAGCCAGCAUGGACUGUGUGAAUGUAGUGUGUGUGUGUUUGUGAGAGAGAGAGAGAGAAGAAACUGAAAAGACUCCAGGGGGAUUUCCUCCAAAAGGGAAAGCUUUUCUCCUCCCCCUCUCGAACAAUCUUUCUUUCCCUUCCCUCUCUCUCUCUCUUUCUCGCUCUCCCCAGUUCACCCCCAGCUUGCUCGAAGCACUCAAGAGAAAGCCACAGAGCCCGUGAACAAGGAGACUUCCUUGACAACUUGAUUUUCGUCCUCGCGCCGCAAGAGCACAAAAAUUCGAUGAGGAAACAAGGCGGCUUUUGUCAGUCUUCCGUCAGGACUGCCGCGGGGAUGUACGGAAACAGAUGACAACCUGUCCGCCGGUCCUCUCAACAUGGCCCGUCUCUCAGCGCAGAUCCCGGGGAGCGUCUCUGCGGAGGAUUAUGACCAAAGUUGCUGCCUGUUAGAGGAGAAACUUCUGUGAAGAUGAACCCAGAAUCUCUGGACUCGUCCAUCCAGAGUGCCCUCUCGGCCCUCUUCCCACCUUUUGAGGCCACGGCGUCCAUCGUCCUCAGCCAGCUCUUCCGUACCAUCGAGGAACGUUACCACGGCGAUGCCUUGCAGUGCCUACUGGAUUUCCUUAUCCCUUCCAAACACUUGCUGGAAAGUGUACAGCAGGCUGCAUGUGCUGAAUAUUCGGAUGUGGUUUUCCGCUGUGAAGGCUGGCCUCUCUGCCUCCAUGACAAAACAGUGGUCCAGCUAGCACCCGUGAACCCCUUGCUGCUGCGUCCUGGAGACUUUUAUCUGCAGGUGGAACCUUUUGCUGAUCAGGCAGCUCGUAUCGUCCUCAAAACUCUUCUGGAAGCCGGAUGUCGGGAAGUGGAGGAGACCCCAAUCCCCGAGACUUCCUACCCGUGCAUCUUCACUGAAAACUGGCUGCAGGACAUCAACGAUGGACGCCACGGGACUCCUCUCUCUCGCUGCUUACUUUGCACUGAACAAGGAGUAAUCAAGUUGCCGUGGGCGGAAGUGGCCGUCCCUGAGUUUUUGGACAAGCCAAAGGUUAUGACCACUUACCAGGAAGUUCCUCCAGAGCCAAAGCUUAUGUCAGUUCCGUGCACUUACGGCGCAUCCACUCUGCCGCUGGAGGCUCGGGUUGUUCCGUUAAAAGAUCGGAUGUCAGCAUCCCUAAGACCUGUGGAUAGUUCUACCAGACUUGUCAGAUUGGACCAUUAUCAAAGAAUCCCCAGAUCCUAUUCUAAACCUCAAAACAAACCUGUGGGGUGGGUGUCCCCGAACACCUGGGACAGCCGCAACUAUCUCGAAAUCGAAGGUGAUUAUGUGGACUUAGUGGAGGUCGCAAAAGGGAAGGAGUUUGGAACGAAACAUGGCAGCCAUUCGAAUCCACCAAAUUCAGUCUUGAUCAAACCUGUCAGACCGCCGCCGCCAUCUGCGCAACUGCCGAGCAGCGUUUUCUGCGGCCGCACCCUUCAGUACGCAGAGGAGCCUUGUAUGCCAUGCAGCCAGGAGAAGCUGGUGGAGGACCCCUCGGAGCACGACAUCAAAUGCCGGUACCGGGAUUCAUACCUAGCGGCGCUGAGAAACCCCGUCCCUUUCGAAAAAGGGAGCGUUGACUACCUUUCGGCACUGGAGGAGGUCGGCCUUUGUGAAGAUCUGGAAGAAAACAUUGAACGUGGACAGUUUUGUAACCACUGUACUACGCCCAUGUCAGGCCAUGACUUGUGCCAAUACAGACGCUGCUGUGAGACAACAACACACAUUUUCCCCACAAGCUCUGAAUCAGAGGACAUUCUAAAGGAAUCCCCCGUUAUUUUGACAUCAACUCCCGGCUUAAGUUACAGUCAUAAAAUUCAAACCAAACUUCUUUCUCGGUCUGAGCACGUGGAGCGACCCGGGUUACUUUUAGAAUCAUGUGAUGAUCCGGACAAGAAGCCACACCAAAAAGUGGAUGUUGUGAAAUCAUCAGGCAAACACAAAUCUAAGGUUAGGUCUCUGUCAACUGUAUCUGACACUCCUAAAGGGAGUCCACUUUUCUACAAACACAAUAACAGGAGCCACAGCGAUAUUUGCCCCGAGACAGUUAGCAGCAUGAUGCAGAGCACGAAAGCUGACCUGCCAGAUGAGGCAAUCCCAAAGCUGGAAAAACUGAAAUUCUACAGGAAAGAUUCCCAGCCUGGCGGAAGUGAAACUCCCUCCACUACAAAUGAACCGCACCCGAGACUCCAGAACUCAAAGACAGAAGACAAAUACUCCUCUCAGGUUCCAUCUGGCAGCUCUUUGCCCCCUCCGUCUCCUCCAAGUCUGAAGUCCACUCUUCAAAGCAUCCGCGGUUUGCUUGAACUGUCUAUCAUUUGUUUACCAGGCAGCCGGGACAAGACUGGCCGGGCAGUGGUGGAGGUUUACUGUGACAAGGAGUGGACCUCACCUCCAUUAUCAGCACAGAAUCUCUGCGAGUUACUGCUCUACCUUCACUCCAUUCCCAGGAAAGAUGUUCAAGAACUGGGAAUGACUUUGGUCGUCGAUGCCAGGAAGAAGGCUCCACCGCCUCACCUCUACAAAGCUCUGCUCAUGGCACAGGAGCAAGCACUUCACGCCGUCCACAGUAUCGUAAUGCUGGUGGAUAAAGACACAUGCCCACGCCCUGAAAAGCAGCCUGGCCUGCAGAUGGACUUGGUGACGUCUAUGAAGGCCCUCAACAAAACAGUGGACGUUUCCCAGCUAACCUCAGAACUGGGAGGAACCUUCACCUACAGUCAUACGGAUUGGCUGCAGUUCCAUCAGAGACUGGUUUCUUUCAUCACGGACCUGCAAGAGGCUGACAGUUUGUUACAGAGGGCUAUCACUCAAGUCAAUGAAGGCAACGUCAUGGACACAGCCCAGGAAGUACGUGGAUGCAUUCAGGAACAGAGGGAUUUGAUGAAGGAGGUGCUGGAGGACACCCGAUUGGUGACGCUGCAGCGAGAAGGUGGGGCGGUGCUGGCCAGGAUGAGGAGGGAAGAGUUCCGCUUUCCACAGUCUGAAGACUACAGAGAUGCUCUGGAGUCAGUGACACAUCUGUACAACCAGGUGGAGGAGAAGCUCCACGUGCUGGUGAUGAGAUCAAACGAGUCCCUUCAGCAACUGGAGCUCCUUUUCACGCUCAGGGACAUGGAUGCAAAAAUCAAAGAGUCGGCUGUGUGGUUCAGUCAAGAAGGUGAACGCAGACUGAAGGACUUUGACCAAAAAGAUCAUUUGUACACUGAAGACAUCAUGCAGCAGUUUGACACGUUCCUCCUGCAAGCAAAGGAAAAACAACAGUAUGCCUUGACUCUCGUGACUGAGGCAGAAAAAAAUGUGGGUUCAAGUGUGUCCAGUCCAGCGGCAGAUGUUUUUCAGACUCUACUCAGCACCUUCAAGUGCAACGUAGAUGACUUCAUGUCACGUGCGGAGCAGAUGCACAAAGACCGAAACACACUUGUCACAGUGCACCGCUUCUGUGAUCAGGCAUCAGCUUUGGCCAAGGAAUGCAGCCAUUUUUUGGAGCAGGCCUUGAAAUCUAAGGCCUGUUCUUUAAGAUCAGGUUCCUGCGGGGCGAUGAGCGUGUGGAAUGCGGCGUGGGUGCGCUGCCAAGAAGUCAGGCAGCGUCUUGAGAAGAUGCAGAAGAAGAAGGCAUGCAAAGAUAAGAAGCGAAACCAACAGACCACAGCCGUAAGCACUCAUGGGGAAGAUGGAGGAAUGGAGAAGAGGACUGAAAUGAGGGAGGCUGAAUGGUCCCUGACCCAACAACCAACCUCUCAAAAGGAUGUAGCUUACAUCCCUGAAAGUGAACACACCACAGCUGCAUUCUUGAAAGGGAAUGAAAAAAGAGAACCUCCAGCUCUGGAGCUUCGACCACAAAAUAAUAGAGAAACUCCAACUGGACCACAAAAUUUUCACUCUCAUCUCGACACAAAAUGGAAACCAAGGGGGCACCACAGUGAGGCUGACCUGAGGAAAACAGCCUCGGUUCAAGAGGACGCAGACAUUUCAUGGCACCGAAUCUUGGGUCGGUCCCUGAGUGAGGGAUCACCUAUAACCACUUAUACACCGUUUGCAAUUGAUGUUUCACUUUUUAAUGUAAAAGAACCGGUCUAUCAGAUGAAUAAGGUACCACUGACACAAAAGUCAGAGCCGCUCCAAAACCUGCCUUCCUCCCAAUUUGAGAAUCUGAGUGUCAAAUCAAAAGAUGGUAAUGAGGAAUGUCCCACCAAAGAAGAUCCAGCUUCAAUCCAAAGCUCAGAUGAGACAAAUGAGUCAUUUUUCACGCCGACGGAAAACAAUGGAAACAAUGUUUUGAAACUGCGAAAGAUCAUGGAAGAGCUUCUGUCCACGGAGAGGGAAUACGUAAAGGCUCUGGGUUAUGUUCGGGAGCACUACUUCCCCGAGUUGGAGAGGAGCGACGUCCCGCAGGACCUCCGGGGUCAGAAGGGGAGCGUCUUUGGUAACCUGGAAAAACUGCAUGACUUCCACCGCCAUCAUUUCUUGAGUGAGCUGGAGAACUGCCUGAACGAACCCUUUCGGGUGGGACGCUGCUUUCUACGACAUAGAGAAAACUUUGCUUUGUAUGCCCUUUACAGCAAAAACAAACCGCAGUCUGAUAGUCUACUCAUCAAUCACGGAAAGGCUUUCUUCAAGCAAAAGCAGCUGAAUCUCAGGGACAAAAUGGACCUGUGGUCUUACUUACUGAAACCAGUGCAGCGGAUCAGUAAGUACAGCCUGCUGCUGCAAGACAUGAUGAGGGAAUGUGCGCCCGGACAAGUCAGAGAGCUGGCUGAACUCAAAGCUGCCUUGGAGGUCGUUCACUUCCAGCUCAGACAUGGCAACAAUCUGCUGGCCAUGGAUGCCAUCCGCCAAUGUGACGUUAAUCUCAAGGAGCAAGGGCAGUUAAUUCGCCAGGAUGAGUUCUCUGUAACGUUCAGGAAGAAAAAGUUUUCCCGUCAUAUUUUCCUCUUUCAAGAACUCAUCCUCUUUAGCAAGACCAGAAAGACAGAUGUGGGGAAUGAUACGUACGUCUACAAGCAGUCAUUCAAGACGUCAGAUGUUGGCAUGACCCAGAACACUGGCGACACAGGCCUUUGCUUUGAGAUUUGGUUCCGAAAGCGGAAAACCCAAGACACGUACACACUUCAAGCAUUUAGCCGGGAAGUGAAGGAGGCCUGGACCAAGGACCUGGAACGGAUCCUCUGGGAUCAGGCGCUACACAACCGAGAGAUCCGUAUGCAAGAGAGAGUCUUUAUGGGAAUUGGAAACAAACCCUUCAUGGACAUCCAACCCAGUGAGGCGGCUAUCAGUGACAGAGCUGUUGACUGUGGGCUGAUGGGAAGAGAAAACAAGGUGCUGACCCACGUCGGAUCGUAUGGACCGCACAACGGUCAUCCUGGGGCCCAAACAAAAUCUGCCGGGUCACGGAGAACUUCGUCCUCCUCCUCUUCUUCAGGACUGGGCUCCGUGUCCCUGACAGCGUAUUUCGGUGGGCCACAGCAGAAGGCGUUAAUAAGUGGCUUCGAAGGACACGUAUCACCGGCAGGGGUUCUAGAGGAGGACGACCUCGACCCUGAGAGUGGGAGUCACAACUUAUUGUGUAAUUGUCAAUUGCAACCGCCAACUGAAGAAUCAAAAUGUACAGUGUGGUCCAAAUAUUUGGACAUAGACAGCUCGGAGUCUUCAGGAGAAAGUGUCAGCGGCCUCAGCAGCUGCGCUCGCAGUGAUCGCUCCGCUCCGGAAAGGGAGGCCGAGGACGCGUCUUCAGUCUGCACCGCCGCCACCGCUGUCAGGGAGGCGGCGGGAUCCAUUCCAACUGGAGCGUGCAGAUCCUCUGAACAAAGCCGAGCAGCAGUUGCACUUCAGGCCAAGAAUCGGCUCUGUGCUAAGAACUCAAAUGUUGGCAAGUCCACUGAGGUUUGACCUCUCACACGAGAUUGAGAGUACCCAAGAGGGCCAUGAUUCUUUGUAGCAGGAGAUAAUGCAUUCAAUCACUCGGUAUGAUAUUGUACAGAUUGGUUUUCUAAUCUCUAAUCACACUUUUAGCAUUGAUCAGUUAUCAAAUAUACACUUGGCACAGCUUUGUAUCGAUGGAAGUUAACCCACAUAAACGGUAUUCGAGUUUCUGUUUAUUCUCAGUUUGCGCAAGCUAAAACAACCACUGAAGAAUGCAGUGUGGAAUAAUAAUAAUACAGACAUGAAUCGCCGUCUGCGUCUCUAAAUAACAGUUUGAGGGUACAAUUACUGAUGGUUACAAAGACGUAUCGUUGUAUUAUUUGAUACCUUUUGUACAUAUGUAUCCGGCUUCAUGUAAGCACAACGUGUCUUUUCAACACUAAUGUUACUGAUGUUAAGAGUCGUACGCCUUUCUGUUUGAUUUGUUUGCUUUUUUUUUUUUUUUUUUUUUUUUACUGUUUUUAUUUGCACCUCAUAUUUUUCUAAUAAUAAAUCAAAUCUACAAAACACAACCAGAAUACCCAUUUCAUGCUGAGUUGGUGGUUUCUUUUUUUUUUUUUCUUGAACAAGCAGGACUACGCUUGCACACCUGUUUUGUAAUAUGAAUAAUUUAUUGUAUCGGACACCUCCACGCCGAUAAUCACAUUAAACCGACAACCACAAUCAAAACAAAUUGUGCUGACACGCUUCCGCUUGCAUAUGUUUUUGCCACGGCAAGAUAAAAGAUAAAACUGUA